AUGGUAAAUGACGCACAAGUAUUGUCGUCACCAAAGUUGGUUGUACGUGAUGAUGACGUAGACAGUCGCACAAAUGUUACGUGCAGUGGAAUACUAUGGACAUGUGGUCUCAAGGAAAUCUGUUUAGCUGCUCUUUGGCUUCCAUUAGGUGCUUUAAUAUUUUGUUACGUGACAGCUUCUAUAUUUCAAGCAGAUGACAUACAUGAAACGCAUUGUAGGGUUUACAAUGUGGUUCCGUCGAUAAGUGCUAUUACGGGUAUCAGCCCGCAGAGGUACGUGUGGAGGAUAUGUGUGGCUUUCCAUCUAGGACCAAGAUUGUUGAUAGGCUCCCUUUACUACAACUACCAUAUGGAGCGAACUCGGCAUAUUAUCGAUGAAAAGGUUAGAGAUCUAGCUACUAAACUAGGAGAUGCCUGCUACUGGCUCAAUUUAAUAGAGUUGCUUGCACUCACCGGGGUAACUUAUGUCUCAAAUAGGGAAAACUAUUUUGUUCACGAGAAGAUAUUCAUAGUGUUCAUGAUAGUAGCAUUGCUACAUAUGCUGUGUCGGGCGAAAGUUGGCUCCAUAGGCAACGAUGCAGUAGAACCUGUGCGGACCAACAAGUCUGUAUGGACUCUAUUCUUCAUCGCCAUAGCUGCCACUAUAGGGCUCAUUAUAUUCUUCCUGAAGCACCGUUUACUUUGCCACCCUCUAGCAUUCACCUGGUUCUCAGUUUGUGAGUACAUACUCGCCACGGCCAAUAUGGCGUUCCACGCGCUGAUAGUUCAAGAUCUUCCAAUGCAUCAGCUGCAAGUUAUCAGCAGUAGUCCCACGCACAGGAAAAUUAACUAA